GCGCGCCGCAGCUCAGAAGUGAUCUUUACCUCAGUGUGAUAGGUGCUGCGAGUCUUGUUCUUAAUUUCAAAUACUUACUUAAUCGGAGGGAGUUAUCAGAAGCAGGUACAGCGUCUGUCAUUUAAGGAUGGGUUCGUCUGGUCGGGCCCUGGACAUGGGAGACCCCUGCACGCCUAUGGCCUGGCAGCAGCGAGACCUCAACUACCACCAGAGUGGCUUCCAGGACAGAUACGGACCAGGAGCUGUGGGAAUGGGUAGUAGCCGCGCGGGGCCGCCUUCCACCAGCGACCGUCUGAGCCACCACACAGACAAAUCAUGGCGGACACACCGGGACUCCCGUGACUCUGGCCAGCCCCACUUGGUGCCUUACGCAGGCGGCUACCCAUCAGGUUCCAAUACACAGUAUUCCAGCCGCCCACCACCUGCUCACUACCCACCGUCACGCCCCUCCUAUUCCAGUGGGCGUCCCCCUUCUCGUCCUCACACACCCUCAGGCACUUCAUCAACGUCGUCAUCGUCAUCAUCAACUGAAGAGGAUAGUGAACAAGCACCAGGACCUGUGGGCUCCAUGCCUCAUCCGAUAUAUGGAUAUACUGGGUACUACCCAGGGUACCCACCACCUGGUCCUCUUGUACACCCAGGCUAUCCUGGCACACUAAAGUCUGCUCGCUCAGUGCCUGCCCUAGCCCUGGCUACUUGGGACGGUGAGCCCUGUCCAGUGCACGGCGGUGGCCCACUCUCAUACCCAGGCCCACAUGGACCAAUGCCUCCUCCAGGGUACCCGCCAAUGAUCUCACAUGGACCCUUGUCACUGCCUCCUCCACCUGGACCCACUCGCCGAGUCAACUCUGUCUAUGACAUGCGCCUUGGUUCGCCUCCACCUGGACCAAUCUAUGGAACACUGCCAGGGAGGAACAUGCCAGCCGACCGACGAAGUCUUGCUGGGUCAACCAUCCUUGGCCCUGCAGCACCAGGUGCCCCACCAGGCAUUCCCCCACACCUUCUCCCACCAAUGGCUCGCCCUAUUCCAUUGGUAGUAGAUGAAAAGGGCAAUCCAGAGCCUUUACCUGUACGCAAAACUGGAGACAAAAAUGGAACACUCCCUCCUGGAGUUGUAUCAAAAGUGGCUGCAUCGGUGGGGCAUUCAGAGAGUGAAGCUGUGGAAAAGAAGCGUGUGUGUUGUCGAGGUGGGGCCUGUGUGGCCUGGGUUAUCCUGGCAGUGAUAUGUCUCGGUGUUUUGCUGGCUGUGAUGCUCAGGUUUAUUUUGUAAACUUCUGUAGAGCAAUUUUGUAUGGCGAGACCAUUUAAGAUCACGUGAUCUUGAUGGUGCUGGUUCAGAACCUUUGAAAAUAUAUUAUACUGUACUGUACAUCUUAAAUCUGGAAAGAAUUGCCAAAUAUAUAGGAGUUUCAUUUUUGAGCUUGUAAGUACCUGGUAAUCACCAUAAGAAUUAAAAAUAAUUGUACAGUAUUAUAAUUGUGUUACCAUGUGCUAUAAUGGUUGCUCAAUUGAUCAACUCUAAAAGAAAAGGAAAAGUAAUCAGAGACGUGACCGAUCGCCCAAGCGGCUAACGAGCCGAUCAGUGGUGAAGAGGAUAAAAGUAAAAGUAUUUGUAUCAGAAGGCACAGAGUGAACCAAUGCCAAGGCCAGUCCUUGUAUCAAUGGUAAUUAAUGAGGAACAAGACUUUGGAUAUUAUGGUAAAGCGUACUGUAUUGUAUGAGAGGAAGGAAUGACAAGAACUGCUGUGUGUAUGUACUGUACUUAGAAGUAAUUGUAUGUAUAUUUUUAAGUAUUGUAUUUACUGUACAUUGAUGGGGCUACCCGACAACAACCCAACUGAUAAAUUACUGUAGGUGAAGCAAUUGAUACUUCCUCCUUCCUGCUCACUGUUUAGCCCUUUCACAGUGGGAGGUUACCCUAAGCUGAAUAAAAUCGUCUGGCGGUAGCCAGAAUAAAAUGGCAAGUGCGUGACACACGGUGAAGGGGUUAAUGUUAUGUUAUACUGUAUAGUGUAUAAGUUUAUAUCCACCACUCCUGUAUUGGACGGAAAUUUAAUGCUCAUUUUAAAAGUAAGACUAAUGAAUGAACUGGUAAUUGCACUUACAUAUAUCUUUUCUUGUUGUAACUGUAAAAUUAUACAGUAUUUUUAGUGUACCAAGAAUGAUACUUUGGUAAGAAUAUUCACUAGAUAUUGUUGUUUUUAUAACUUGUUUACAGUUCAUGAAUUGGUCAU